AUGGUGGUCACGAAGAAACCUAAGCUUGAAAUGGUCAAGCAGAUUUGUACGCACUCGGGAUCGUUCCAUGCGGACGAGGCACUUGCCGUUUAUAUGUUGAGGACUCUCCCAGAGUACAAAGAUGCUAAAGUGGUGAGGUCUAGAGACCCUGCCAAAUGGGCCGAAAGUGACAUUGUGGUGGACGUGAGCGGAAAAUACGAGCCAGAAAAUGGGCUAUUCGAUCACCAUCAGCGCGAGUUUUUCGAGACCUUCAGCGACAGGUACAAGACGAAACUUUCUAGUGCGGGUUUGGUGUACAAGCAUUUUGGAAAAGACAUCAUCGCGGGACUUCAGCCGCAACUGAGCGCCCAGGAGCGCACACUGCUAUACGAGAAAGUUUACAAAGAAUUUAUCGAGGCCCUGGACGCAAACGACAACGGUAUCAGCAAUUUUGACGCCGAGGAAUUGCAAGUCAAGCCCAAGUUCAACGACAAGAACAUCACGAUCCCAAGUAUCGUGUCGCACAUGAAUCCCAACUGGAACGCCGACUCGUCGGACGCCGCGUUCGACGAAGGAUUUUUCCGCGCCUCUAGCUUCAUUGGAGGCGUGUUCAAAGACCUAGUGCGCGGCUACGGCGAAUCCUGGCUUCCAGCCAAGGCACUCGUCCGCAAUGCGGUCGAGAACCGUUUCUCUGUAGACAAGAGCGGCAAGAUCAUCCAACUGACCCAAUUCUGUCCCUGGAAAGAGCAUCUCUACGAAGUGGAGCGCGAUUUGAAGAUUGAGAACCAGAUCGAGUUUGUUCUUUUCGAGGACUCCUCGAGCGCUUGGAGAGUGUCUACCGUGCCCGUGUCGUCUACCUCGUUCAAAUUUAGAAAGGGACUCCCCGAGCCAUUGAGAGGAUUGCGUGACGAAAAGCUCAGCCAGGAAACCGGCCUUCCAGGCUGCAUUUUCAUCCACGCUGCAGGGUUCAUAGGUGGUGCUCAGACCCAGGAAACGGCACUGAAGCUAGCCCAAAUGAGCAUUUAA